AUGGUGAUUUCGGGAUCCCUUUUCCUCAGCCUGAAUGGCCUUUGGGCAGUUUGGAGUAUCAACUCAUAUCUUGCAAGUGUCCUUCCACUAUCUACGAUAGCUAUCGCUGUCCGUGAGAUUAUCCAAUUUUUCUUCACGACUGGCACUUACCUUGGACUUGGCUUGUGUUUCUGGAGGUUUCCAUUGCAGGUAGCCAUUGAUCAGGAAGACGACCCCGCGAUCAAUCCCACGAGGCUUUUGGGUCCAGUUGAGGCAGAUUCCCGCAAGGUUCUCCCAGAGGCCGAUGCCUCGCGGCCUGUCGUUGAAGCCGAUGGAACUAACCCGAUCUUGGAGGCUGAUUCGACGACUACCCAUAAGAAGCCGUGA